AUGGAGUCCAAAGGAGUCCUUUACAAACAUACUAACAUACAGGACAUAGGUCUGACCUCUGAUCCUUCGAGAUGCAUUGAUGCCUCCGGAAGAAGACCAACAUGGUUUCGCAACGAUGACUUUCUUCACAGCCAAUCACAAGAUAAUUGUUUAAAUACAAAUUUAACAAUUGAAAAAUUUGCGCUCAGCUGUUUCCUACUGGCUUGCGUUGGCAUCUGCACCGCGACUUUUGGUGGACAUGAACACGUUCAUAUUCGAGUACAUAUACCUGAAGAGCAUCAUUCUUCAAAGGAAGUAGUAGUACAUGAGCAUCAUGAAGACCACGGACACGGUGGGGGCGGAGGUGGUGGAGGAUAUGGCGGCCAUGGUGGAUUCGCUGACCAUUUGCACGGAGGUUUCGCAGACCAUCUGAAAGGAGGUCAUGGAGGCGGCGGUGGUGGCGGUUUCGGUGGCGGAUUUGGAGGAGGACACGGCGGAGGAUAUGGAAGCGGAUCGCAUGAUUUAGGAGGUGGACACGGCGGACAUGGCGGAGGCCAUGAUUUUGGCGGUGGUCAUGACUUCGGCGGUGGUCACGGAGGAUAUUCUGACGGCGGAUUUAGUGACAGCGGUCAUGGAGGAUAUUCCGGAGGAGGAGGAGGAGGAUUCGGAGGAGGUCAUGACAUAGGAGGUGGUUAUGGCGGAGGGAUCGAUGGCGGCCACAGUAUAGAUAUCGGCGGUGCUGGUCAUGGUGGUCACGACGACGGUGGACAUGGAGGUGACAUUGGUGGUGGCUAUGACUUAGGUGGAGGCCAUGGCGUUGGUCACGAUCUAGGCGGUGGUGACAGCGGUUUUGGAGGUGGUCACGGCGGUAGUUUUGGCGGUGGAUAUGGGGGUGGAUUUGGAGGCGGUCAUGGUGGAGGAUUCGGCGGUGGAUUUGGAGGUGGCCAUAGUGGAGGAUUCGGCGGAGGCCAUGGAGGCGGAAUCGGAGGAGGAUUUGGAGGUGGUUUUGGCGGUGGAUUUGGAGGUGGAUUCGGAGAUGACCAUGGAAGCAGUCAUGGAGGUGGUCACGGAGGCGGUUUCGGAGGUGGUUAUGGGGGUAGCCACGGAGGCGAUCAUGGAGGCAGCUUCGGAGGAAGCCAUAGCGUAGGCGGAGGUUUUGAUGUAGGAGGCAGUUUUGGUGGAUAUGGAGGUGGACAUGAUGAUCACGGCAGCAGUGGAUUAGGAGGACAUGACAGCUAUAGUUCCGGAUUUACUGGGUUAUUAAGCCACGGUUCAAGUGGAUUUGGAGGCAGUGGAGACCAUGGUGGUGGCCACGGAGGAGGUCACGGCGGACAUGACAGUUAUUCUGUAGCAAGCGUUGAUUCCUUUGGAGGUGGUGGAGGACAUGGCGGAGAUAGUUACAGUGUCGGAGGAGGACAUGGUCACGGUUCUGGAGGAUUCAGCGGUGGACAUGGAGUUAGCUAUAGCGUGGGAUUUGGCGGCUCCGGAGGACACGGUGGUCACGGAGGUUUCAGUUUAUCGGACUUAGGUCACGGAGGAGGGGGUGGCGGCCAUGGUGGCGGCCACGGCGGCUUCGGAGAUAGCUACACCAACGCCAUAAGUUCAGGUCAUGGAGGUGGUCCUUACCAUAAAAGAAAGUAAAAAUAAACUCUAAAUAAGAUCGUUGUAAUGCCAACUAAGUCAUAAAAUUCGCUGGCGCGGUGGGACCAGUAUUAAAGUACAAGUUUUGUAAAUACGUUUUGUUUUAGUUUCUUAAGUUAUUGUUAUGAUGUUAUAAUGUUAUUAAUUAUAAUGUUUUUAUUUAAUAUUAAGCGUUUUAAUGACGACAUCCACAAUUAUAUAAUAGAAUGAUCAA